AUGACCAUUGCGACAAGCGUGAAUCAUGUUGACCGACUCGCGCGAAAGGCCCAAGAGCGCGAACCCAACAGCUCGAGAAUUCUCAUAGCCAUCUCUGGAGUCCCUGGCUCGGGCAAAACUACCCUAGCUGCUGCAGUUGUCGCCCGUCUUAAUGAAUUGGAAAAUACCGAUCUCGCAGCAUGUAUACCGAUGGACGGCUAUCAUCUACCGAGGGCACAGUUGGCAGCGAUGUCAGAUCCAGAGACGGCAAUUCACCGUCGAGGUGCUGCAUUCACCUUUGAUGGACAAGCGUUCUAUCAACUAGUCCAAGCGCUCCGAGAACCUUUGACCCCAGAGACACCUACGAUUUACGCGCCAUCCUUUGAUCAUUCAAUCAAGGAUCCUGUGGUCAAUGAUAUUCCUAUCUCGCCUCGAUCAAAGGUAGUCAUUUUCGAAGGGCUCUACCUUUCCUUGAACAGGGAGCCAUGGAGCUUGGCUUCUGCUCUGAUGAAUGAGUCUUGGUUUAUUGAGGUCGAUCGCGAUAUCGCUCGGAGCAGACUUAUCAAACGUCAUGUAGCAGCCGGAAUCGUACCUGAUGCCGCGGCUGCUGAACAUAGAAUUGAUACCACGGACUGGUUGAACGCCGACGAUAUUAUGGAAAAUAGACUUAUCGUGCACGAGUUGGUUCCUGGGAGCUAA